CCCGGUCAGUGUGGACCGAGGUCGGAGGGUAAGAGCAAGACUGAGGUUUAUUCGAUUGCGGGCGGGACAGAGGACAAAGAGGAAACUAAGUCGAUAAGGGCCUACUUUAGUUUGCCAGUCAGAUCCGGGGAGCCGGAAGCAGCCGAGGUGUCGGGUCGCUCGGACUCACCGGACACCAGCGAAGACGAGGGUCUGGAAGAAGAUGAGAAAAGUGAAGGUGGUUAUUCAUCACCCCUGAUACCGGCCGGCAACAACGUUGUACUUUAUCCUUGGAUGAAUCCAAAAUUAACAGGUAGAUUCACUUUUAGCUGCAUAGCCUUUUGCUAA